AUGGAUGUUCGAGGAAGUGAUGACCUAUCGCACACUUUAUCGUCAGACUCGUCGAGCACUCGGCGUCGUCCGCCACAGGUAGUGAAUGUGUGGCGGCGAGUGAGUGGCCCGCACCCGACCGCUUUGUUUACAUUCCAUCGUGCCGCAGCCGACAGCCUGCCACUCCGUACCGCCUCGAUUAAGGGCAAAUCAAUAAGGCAGCCGAUAGCGAGCGAGUUUAAUAGAGUGAGCGAGUCGAGUCGAGCGCCCUCAUUACCCCCGCAAUUAGCGCACGCCGCGCUCCCGCCGACGACGACGCACCCCGCGCGAAAAACGAAUAAAAAGAGCUGCCCUCAAAAUGGCCGCCGCCUCCCCCGCCUCUCCGCACCGACCGCCCGUCGACCCCCGCGCCGCUUCGUGAUUGCAUCCCCGCAGCUCUUAUAA